AUGUUCUCUCCGUCUCCCAUAGGGUGCGAUAGCGACGUGGCAAAGUUGGAGGGCAACUUCACCAAAGCUGCUAUUGCCCUUGAUACAGGCAAACUCACUUUCCUGGACCUCCCCAUGGAGCUGCGUGUCAUGGUUUACGAGUACUUUACACCCGAGGAUCAGUAUAUCUUUAACUCCGGCCAGCCAGCAUAUGACGGCUUGUUACGCACCUGCAAGCAAAUUCGGACGGAAGCACUAAAGGAGAUCCAAAAGGCAGCCGACAAGUACUAUCGCGCUUACGAAGCGAGUUGGUUACUUGAAGAAGGCUUCAGCAUCAAGGUGGAACCCAUUAUCGAUCCUGGCAAAGUCGUCGUCGUCUUUUCGGAAGAUCACUUCAUGUCCGAGGCUUGUAAAACGGGGAGACGUCGUAGUUGCUACCAAUUCCACAUUCCGUUGGCUUCUUUGAAUCUCAAACGUCUUAGUUUCAAAGUCUCCCGCAAUUCAGAUAUAUCGCCGCCUCACCUGUUAGGUUGUGUUCCUGCUCACUGGGCCGUUACCCAGAUGCUGAUGUCUAUCAUCACAUCUAAUCCCCAAGCACGGCGGAUCUACUUCCAUUGCGACAGACUUAACUUUGGUUAUGGUUAUUCUAAUGAUGAUUUCGGGACGUUGUGUACAAUAGUGGAGGAAGGAUGGCUGCGAUACGGGGACCAAGAGGAGAAAAAUGCGCCAUACAAGUGGCUGUUGACGACCAAUGUAGAAUACAGCACGAAGACUGUACGUGGAAUUUGGGUCGACCGUGUUACGCAUUGCCUUGGUUUGUAG